AUGCCCUACCGAGCCGAGCUCAAGCGACCAGAUUUGAAAGGGAAUUUCCCGUGCUCCGUCUGUGGCAAAGUCUUCUGCCACUCGAGCUCCCUCAGCCGCCACCGUAUGCAGGCCCACUUCAAGAGCUAUGUGUGCACCCAGUGCAACACCGAGAUAUCGACUAAUGAGACGCUCCGAUCGCACAUGUUCCGCGUGCACUCGAUUUCAAGGAUGUUCAUGUGCCGGUGCUGCAACUGGGCGUUUCCGGAUAAAACGAGCCUCCACACCCAUACGCAGAGCAUGCUGCGCAACAACCUCCCCGGUGACGUCCCGGUGUUGGCGAGGAGCAACACGGAAGGAGACCCGAUCGACUGCUCGAUCCUCAACUCUGGAAGCCCGUUGAGCUUUGGCAGUUUACCGAGAGCCCCAGCACUUCCGGUACCCAAGCUCUUCCCACUUGGUCCUCAGGACUUCUUGAUGGCGCGGUUGAAGGCACAGGCCCAGCUCUCCACCCCGAUGCCCCAGGUCCCAGUCUCCGGCGCCCUAAACAGCCAAUGGCUCGCCAGCUGGCUGACCAACAACCCCUUCGCGCAGCAGCUCCAAAUGCUCCAAGCGGCAAGCGGCAGCCCGCUCCUCGCCAGCUCUGCCGACUCCAAAUGUGACGCGUCGAGUAUCGAAGAUAAAAUGAGCGACUUUGACGAGGCGAUCGAGAUCAAUAAUGAGGAAGAGGAGGGCUACACCAGCUCGUCUGGGAACGCAACACCGAAUUCGAAUGUUGGCGCCGAUUUGUCUGCUCUCCAACUGAAGCAAUCGAUGAGCCCUGAAGACUUGAAGCCUCGAGUUCUGGGAGUCAUUGAGCAUACGGGUGGCCUGACGCCUCAAAUGGCCGAAAAAUCGCUCGUCUCCCCGAUGUCGAGCCAGCACUCCCCGACGGCGUCUGAUUCUCACUCCAGCGGCGCGAGCAUGGACACGUGCUUGGAGAACAAGUGCUUCCAGUGCGAAAUGAACAUCUCCAAGUCCGCAGCCACGGAAGAACGAGCUAAACUCCUUGAAGCCAGGAUCGCCGAGCUGCAAUCAACGAUCGGCCUCCUUUCAAACCAGAUCGUUCGGCAAAAUGAAGUGCAACAGCAGCAACAGCGACCGCCCCAACUCCCCUUCCCGCUCCCGUUCAUGAAUCCCGAGGCCGCCAAGAUGAAGGCGAUUCUGGAGGGGCUGAUGCAGAGCCAAGGAAUUGUGCAGCAUCUCCAU